AUGGCUUCCAAGGAGGACUUCGACAAGACCGGCGCCCCCGCUGCCAAGGUCCACAAGAUCCGCAUCACCCUUACCUCGCGCAACGUCAAGAACCUUGAGAAGUUCUCUGGCGACCUCAUCAACCGCGCCAAGGACAACAACCUCCGCGUCAAGGGCCCCGUCCGUCUCCCCACCAAGCACCUCAAGCACACCACCCGCAAGUCGCCCUGUGGUGAGGGUUCCAAGACCUGGGACCGCUACGAGAUGCGCAUCCACAAGCGCCUCAUCGACCUCACCUCCACCGCCGAGGUCGUCAAGAAGAUCACCUCGAUCUCGCUCGAGCCCGGAGUCGAGGUUGAGGUCACCAUCGCUGCCUAA